AUGAAUUUUGAAUAAGAAUUACAACAAACUUUCUUCGAUCAACAAAUAUCUGGGCAUUCUAUAUUUUUAAAACUUAAUGAUGGGGAAUUUGUGGCAAAGUCAUGCUCGACUGAAAAUAAUAAUGAACAAAUGUAUGCAUUCUAAAUUUAUAUAUAUUUAGUUUCUAUGAAUGGGUAUAACAUAUCCAAGGUUAUUAGGAUUUCUUCUCUUAAUAUAAUGGUGUAAUUACUUUGGAGGAUACUCAAGUAAUCGAAUAGCCGAAAGUAGAUUAACGAUAAUAAAAAUGGCUUGAAUCUCUGAUUGCGAAAAGGUUUAAUCCAAAUAACAAAAGUAAAUGGUGUUUAUCAGCAUUUAGAAUACUUACUUUUAGAAAAUUUGGUGCAGCACUAAAAGAACCUUCGAAUUCUUGAUAUAAAAUUGGGGUUUACAGUUGAAAAAAAGUCACAUAUAAUACGUUAUUAAGAAUCAACAUCUUCGAAAGUUGGUUUGCGAAUUUGUGGAAUGAAAGUCCAAGAAAACGAUGAAAUAAUUGUUUUUAGAGAUAAGCACUGGGGAAGACGCAUUUCAGUAGAUGAAUUGACAGAGGAGUUGAAAACAUUUUUUAACAUACAAAAAAAGAGUUGUAAGUUAUAUAUAUAUUAUGAUAUUAUUAGAAAUGAUUAUAAAUUUAACCGAACAAGUUGAACAUCUGAAAUUAUUUAUAACACAAAAUUGCAAAUAAGUGGUCUCCUGGUAAGGAACGAGUUUAUUGAUCAUUUCUGAUUCAGCAGAUGAUUUAAAAAUCAGACUGAUUGAUUUUUCAAAGGCGAAGGUGGACAAUCAAUCAAAUAAAGGGAAUACUGACAUAAUAGAUUCUUUGAAUAGUUUAUUGGAAUUAGUUAAGCAGAUUUGA